AUGAGAGCCCUGAAAGCAACCCUCCUCGCCGCAUUGGCUGUUACCAAAGCUCUGGCAAUCACUUCCGGCCCAGGUCCUUCAAUUCUUGCUAACAGAGAAGAGAUACCCGAAGUGGAAGCUUCUCUGGCAAAACUGGGAGUUGAUGUGACUACUAUUCCUUCCUUGAACAAUAGGUCCUCUUGCAACGCUUGCGAGAAAGCUUGCGGUGCAUUGGAUUAUCUCUACGGAUCUCAAAAAGUUAUAGCAAAAGGCACCGAGGCCUAUCAGAACGCCACCGAAUCCUACUGGUCCGCUCAGCAGCAAGAAGCCAAGCCUACCUGCAUCUUCAUUCCUUCGGUCGACACUGAUGUGUCUGUUUUGGUUCUUCUUGCCCAACUCACAGAGUGCCCGUUUGCAGCCAAGAGCGGCGGCCAUGCUGCCUUUGCCGGAGCCUCCAGUAUCCCAGGAGGGAUAACGAUCCUGUUCCGCGACCUUAAUGAAGUCUUACUCAACGAGGACAAGUCCGUUGCAUCGGUCGGUCCUGGUAAUAAAUGGGGCCGGGUGUACAAAGCCCUAGAACCGCAUGGCCUUGGCGUUAUAGGUGGCCGCCUGUCAGACAUCGGCGUUGGAGGCCUCACUACAGGCGGUGGCAUCUCUUAUUACUCGAACGAAUAUGGCUGGGCACUGGACAACGUGGAAAGUUUCGAGAUUGUCAGUGCAAUCAACGGCGAAAUCCUCACAGCGAGUAAAACCCAGCAUCCCGACCUGUACUGGGCUCUGCGCGGAGGAGGAAACAACCUAGGACUUGUGACCAAGUUUAACUUGUACACAAUUCCCAGCUCGUUGCUCAGAGGCAUCACGCGAGUCUACAGUGAAGACCAAUUUUUGCAUGUCCUCGAUGCCUUCACCGACAUCGCAAGAAAAGGCAGUCUCGACAGAAAUGCUCAGCAAUAUGUGGUAUUCGCGCAUGCAGGUGGAAUGAACAUUGCUUCGGCCGAAUUGACUUAUACAAAGGACGUAAGCGACCCUCCCAUUUUUAGGAAAUACCGCUCCAUUCCUGCUCUCUCCGACACAACCAGCACGAGAACUCUGGCUGGGUACUGCAGCGAGAUAGGCGCGCAAGACCGAAACGGCCAGCGGCAGGUCUUCUGGAACCGGACGUUCAAACUGAAUGACGAAUUUGUGCAUUGGGUAGUCCUGCACUUUUUCGCGAUGGUCUCCCGCGUGGUCGACGUCCCUGGCGCGCUCCCGAUGCUGGUCUUCCAAGCUAUUACUGAGCCGAUGCUCGAGAAGAUGUCCAGCGCUGGCGGGAACGCUCUGGGUCUGGAUACGUCAAACGGUCCAAUUCUUAUUAUUCACAUCCUCUGCAAGUGGAACAACACUUCCGAUGACGACACCAUGUAUCGGUUUGUCGACGAAUUCUUCACUGCGAUUGCUACUGAGGCGGAAACGAGAGGUGUGAGCAAUGACUUCGUCUACAUGAACUAUGCGAGUCGUUUUCAGGACGUGAUCUCUAGUUACGGAACGGAUAACAAGGCGAGGCUGCAGGAGAUUGCAUUCAAGUAUGACCCUCGCGGUGUCUACCAGAACCUUCAGCCUGGUUAUUUCAAGCUGAAAGGUGCGCCAUCGCAGGGAAAGAGAAGACAUAGACACGGCAGGAAUAGUUCUGGCUAA